CCUGGGAUCAUGAUCAUGGCAAGCACACUUCUAGCACUCACGCUGUGCUCGGCGGGCAUCCAAGGCAAAGCUAUCAACUCUGUGAUAGGUCCUUUCAUUGCUUACGCGGAGCGCUUUUACAUGUGUGAAACCGACAACCAGCCGCUUCUCUGGAGAUGGUUUUUACGGGCGACUCACUUCAACCCACUUAGACCAAAAGAGUUGCAACGCCUGACAGGCAAUGUGACGGCUACAGGUGGACUUCUUGAUGACAGCGACUGGGGCCCUUACAUUGCUUACGUGGAGCGCUUUUACAUGUGUGAACCCGACAACCGACCACUUCCCUGGAGAUGGGUUUUACGAGCGACUCACUUCAAUCCAUUUAAACCAAAAGAGUUGCAACGAGUGACAGGCAAUUUGACGUUUUCAAGUGGACUUCUUGAUGACAGCGACUGGGUAAAAGUAAUUGUGGAUACUCGGUCAAACAACCAGUGGAAGGAAAACGCAUAUGUCUUGAAAUUUAACGAUCAUGCAUGCCGAGCUAUUAAAGUAAAUAUUCCUGGAUUUUACGAGCAGUUUCUUAAGAAGAGAGAAGUUAAAGGCGCGUGCUUGUUUCGACCUGGAGUUUACGAAACCAAUGAUGCCCCAUUGAACUGGACUUUCCCGAAUGUUCCAGCUUUACCUUAUGGACAGUACAGAUUUAGACUAAUGAUUGGUAAGGCAAAAAACCUAUACGCAUGCUUCGUAGCAGACGCGAGGGCUGUUCCGAAGACCGAUUAGCACCUCAUGCUGUACCAGGUGGCUGACUCACUUUCGCGGUUAUACUGUAUGUCAUGGGUGCGGGCGGGUUUGCCUACUCUCGUUGCAAACGGCUCCUAACGGCCCCGUUGUACACCUGGUACACAUUACCUGCAAUCUCUCAGCUUUUGCGUGGG